AUGGUGCCCUACUACGGAAGACAUGGAGCAAAGCAGCAUAUCCACGGAAAACCUAUCCGCUUUGAAUAUAAAGUUUGGGUUCUCGCAAGAAGACUAGGCUACAUCGUUCAAGGAGAGCCGUAUCAAGGCAAAGUCCGGAACAUCAGUCCCAGGACUAGGCGUUGGAGGAUCAGUGCUGACAGAGUGGAGAAAGCUCCCCUUCCAGAACCAGAAACCGUAACUAAAGAAGAACAAGGAUCAUACUACCAACUUACUGACCUAGAAACUAAAAUCACGUUUGUCCACUACAAUGACAACAGUGUGUUCACUAUCGCAUCUACUGUUGCUGGAGCUAAGCCUCUUGGCAAAGCGAAGCGGUGGUCAAAUGAACAUAAAAAACAUAUUUAUGUGGAUCAACCUGCCUGUAUUGUCUUGUACAAGACUUAUAUGGACGGCGUUGAUCGUUUGGAUGAAAACAUUUCCAUAUACCGCAUCAAUGUCAGAUCAAAAAAAUGCUAUUGGCCAAUGAUAUACAUGCUCAGUGUAUUGAUGAACAAUGCUUGGCUUAUUUAUCGAAUGACCCCUAAAGGCAAGGAAAAAAAGUUGGAUUGCCUUUCUUUUACAAGGUAUGUAGUCCAAAGUUACAUGGCAACCUACAAAACAAUCAGACCGGCAGCAGGACGACCAAGUUCAAAAGAUGUAACAAGGGUUAUCCCAGACGUCCGCUUCAGCGGUAAUCAAUUUUUAGCUUCCUCUGCUACGCAAAAAAUAUGUGGUCACUGUGGCAAAGCGACCAGGAAAAUUUGUGAAACUUGUAAGGUUGGCUGUCACGUGUUGUGUGACAAGGUAUUCCACUCAAGGGCACAAUAG